ACGCAAAUUGUCUUCUACUAAAGUUGCUUCAAAACCCUAAACCCUAGACGCUUGUUUUCUCUCCUCUGUUGUACCAUCACAACAAUGGCUAAAACUUUGAACGAAGAAACUGUCAAGAAGGUCAUUCGUCAGGUUGAGUUUUACUUCAGUGAUAGUAAUCUCCCAAAAGAUGGGUUUCUCAGGAAAACUGUGGAAGAAAGCGAAGAUGGGUUGGUAAGUUUAGCUUUGAUAUGUUCAUUUUCACGGAUGAGGUCUCACUUGGAUUUGGGGGUGGCAAAGCCAGAAGAUAUAUCAGAUGAUACCGUACAAGCUGUUGCUGAAGCUUUAAAAGCUUCUUCUUUUCUUAAAAUUUCGGAAGAUGGGAAGAAAGUUGGUAGAGUCAGUGAGCUUGCAAAGCCUGAGGAGGUUAUUGAGCAAAUUGAUGUAAGGACGAUUGCUGCAUCCCCUUUGGAAUACAGUGUCAAGCUGGAAGACGUGGAGUCUUUCUUUGGUCAGCAUGGCAAGGUUAACAGUGUGAGACUGCCUCGUCAUGUAGCUGAUAAAAGGGUGUUUUGUGGCACUGCUCUUGUUGAGUUCUCCAAUGAGGAAGAUGCGGUUAACAUUGUGAAGCAAAACUUGGUUUAUGGAGGAGUUGAAUUAGAACUGAAACCAAAGAAAGAUUUUGAUGUUGAAAGAGCCAUUGAAGAGAAAGAAGUUGAGCAAAACCAUCCUCGUAGUGGUCCAAAUAGUAAAAAUAAUUCUAAUUCGGAGCUAGACUAUCCAAAGGGCUUGAUCAUUGCAUUUAAGUUGAAGAGAAUCUCUGCUAAAAGCUCUACAGAACAGAAUGGUAAUCAUGAACUGUCUACUGAAAGUGCAAGUGCUCCUGAAACAGGAGGCAACAAAGAUACAACAAAAGACAAUGUUGAAAUGACAGAUGAGAAGGUACCAGAAGGUAUUAAAGAUGGAGACAAUGAUGAAAAUGUUGAGAAGGGUGAUAAAAAAGAUGCAGAGGAUGGAAAUGGGGAGACUGAUGUUCAGAAUCCUGAAGUUGCCGAGAAAUCCAUGGACAGUCCAACUGAAGAUGAUGAGCAAGCUCCAGCUGAAGAAAAAUUAUCCAUUGCUGCUUGCAAGGAUAACAAAGAUAUUGUUAUGCGUGAAGACUUGAAGAGCGUAUUCCAAAAAUUUGGUACUGUGAAGUUCAUCGAUUUCGCGAUUGGAGCAGAAUCAGGAUAUAUAAGGUUUGAAAGUGAAGGGGCUGCACAGAAAGCACGUGCUGCUGGUGUACUUGCUGAGGAAGGUGGUUUGGCGGUGAAAAAUUUCAUUGCUGCCUUGGACCCUGUUACUGGUGAUGCUGAGAGGGAAUACUGGACUAUGUUCCGUAAUAGCCAGCAGGAAAAACGCCGUGACUUUAAAGGGAAUAGGGGAAGGGGAGGAAGGUUCAACAGAGGUGGGAAGCAUUCGCGUGGAAGGGGAAACGAUUUUGGUGGACGCCCAAACAAAUUCCAGAAAACUAGGUCAUGAGGAAUUCUAUCUUUUGUACCAUUUACGAUGAAUUCUCUCAACUUAUCUUGUUCCACAUUACUACGAUGAUAUACUUCCAUCAUCGUAAUGUGUUGCAAUUUUGUGCCUUAAUUUAUGUCACAAUAUCAUAAAAUAGUUAUGUUUUACAUUUUCAACGUUCCUUAGUCAAAAGUGAUAUAUUUACUUUUAA